AUGAAUGAUCCAUGGGAUGUGAAAUCCGUAAGACAAUCUAGUCAAUACCUCUCCUGUAUGAAGCUCAACGGAGUACCACUUCUGCCGCCUGUUUUAUCAAAAGAAUGCCGAAAAGAAAUGCAGUACUAUAAGCUCCUUGCAAAAGAAGUUGAGAAAAGAAUAUCACAUCUAAAACUAAAUUAUUCUGAAGGUGACUCAGAUGCUAGUGAAGAUAAGACUGAUGCCCCAGAACUUCCUGAAUCUGAACAAAAUGAUGUAAUACCUGCAGAAGCGUUAAAUUCCGACUGCAAUGAACAAAUAAUUGUUAGUGAUGUAGAAAAAUCACUAAACAGAUCUGUGACUGAUUCCCCCAAAUUAAGUUCCUUGUCCAGUAAUAACUCUGACAAAAUGACUUCUAAUUACACACCUAUAACAGAUACAGCAUUGAAUGAAUCUUCAAAGAUAGUAAUUGAUCUAAGUUUGAGCUUUAACCCAACAGAAAGCACCUUGCAUGAAAAUAAACCAAUCCUUAAAGAAACCCCCUCUGUUGAAAUACCUGUUCAUGAUGAUGAUGUUCCUGACAAAUUCCCUACACAUAAAAAGGAAACUAAAGAAGAUAUUAUAGCUAAAAAAGGAAAGGAAGAGAAGAAAGACAGAAAACCUGUUUUCAGGAUAAAUAACAAAAAUGCAGUUUUGGACCAAUUUCUCAAUUAUGUCAAUCAUGAUGGGCCAUCUUCCCUCAGCUCGAAAAGCUUUACCGGAUCUCUUCAUGAUCUUCACAAAGAAAGCGAAACAAGCACUCGGACUAAUCCAUUAAUUAGACAAAGAUCAUACACCGUUCUGACGCCAAGUCCGAUGCUGCUGGCACAUUUGAAAAUUCAGUCCUUAAACACUGGUGUAGACAUUACAUCUAUAUCUAUGAGCGAGUCACUGUCUAAUAUAAGCUCGCCCAAUAAAAAGCGAAGAAGUUGGGACUUGGAGACGGCUAAGGUUAAAUGGUCUAAUAUGGCGUUGGAGUUAAAGAAAAAAAAUAUACCGGUAAAUGUGGCCAUUGCGGGGAAUGGAGAUAACAAAAUUCAUAGCACAAAGAAACGUACAGUUUCAAGACCUGAUAUGUCCAAAAGCUUACCCAGGUCUCGGUCGGCAGUAACCGAUAAGCCUAGGCAGGGGAGCGUUGCUAAUAAAACUAUGGCUAAAUCUGAACCCAUACAGAAAAACAAACCAAGUUGCAGUCCACCGGGAAUUUCCAAUAAUCAAGCAAUGCCUCAGCAACAGCCAGUUGCCAAAGACCAUCAAAAGGCUGAAGUACCUUCGGCAAGACCGCAAUUAAUUUCUGAAAGCGAUGACCCCGCCAAACGCGUGAGAGAAUUAUAUGAGAGAAUACAAAAGCAGCAACUUCUACAAAUGGCCACGCUCGUCGAAAAGCAAAAGAAGGAGCAGUUACUGUUGCAGCAGGUUUUUGAGGAGCAAAACAAUUUGCUCUACACUCAGUUGAAGACGAUUUGCCCGAAGGCACCGGGGGAAGUGAAAGAGGCGUGGACGGAUAAGGUAGAAACUGCCGAACGUGGACCAGUGAGCUUAAGCCAGUUGAUCAAUCACAAACCGUCCGACUCCAUUGUCCAACACAGUCCAGUCUCUUGCACGUUGACGGACACGAACAACUACAUAAACCGGUGCGACAGUGUACUGAAAAAGAGCAGGGACAUAACCGGCGGUAUGAAGAAGCAGCAGGUGAAAAACAGCAGCGAGAACAGCACCUCAAUGUCCGUAGCCAGAUCUAAUGGAGAUGCCGCGAGAGCCCGCCCACUGUCACCGGGCAGUAGAAAUACAAGCACGUCUAGGAAACUCACUUACGAGACGAGCGCGUCUACCGAACGCGAAUGCGAACCGAUUCUGACCGACCGCACGAACGACACGAUGGCUGACCUUAACGUGACCUUCCCCUCCGACAACAGUGACGACUACCGCCCCCCGACUAAGCAGACCCCCAGCGUAAUGAGCCACUUGUGCGGGACAGAAGUGACCUCGGCUCACGUCAACUCGGCCCCCACGAAAGAAGUCGCUUGUAGGUCGUCAGAGAGCACUGUUAAAAGCGGGCAAGACACGCUGAAGAAUUCCAUCCUCGACGUAAGAGCGCGGCUUGUGCGGAAAGAUUUCUCCCGAGCGCCUACUGCGCAAGAGCGCGCGGCGGCUACCAAGGUAGUGGCGUACGCGCGGGGUUACUUGGUCCGGCGGCUCAUGAGGACCGAGCGGGUGCAAGGCACCGUGCAGACCAUCCGGGACGCGCUCCUCUGCGCCCUGCAGCUGCACCAAGACCGCGAGGGCAUCCGCGGCGCGGAUGUUGACCUGCAUCGGCGGCUGAUACAGCAGAUUACGGCGGCCUGCUACUCCCUCCACGACACGUUCAUCACCAGCUCGACAGCGGAGCGCUGCGCUCUGAUCGCCGCCGACCGGAGCCGCCGCCGCUCCCUGGCGCUUCGCCCCUCGCCGCGCCAGUACCGACCCACGGACGUAAUGUCGCAUAGCCACACGGGCUCGUUCCCGACGCGCGCCCGCCGCUCCUCGCCCACCUCAGCGAUGACUCAGUCCAGCCACGAGAGCUAUAGCGGCGAGAAGCUGGGGCUCCGCCCCCGCUACGUGGGCAGCCCGCGACGGCGUCCGUGGCGC